UUCAAUUUUUCGAACAUCUCUCUUUCCGGCAUUUGACAAAGACAAAAAACCUUCCUUUCUAUUUCUUUUUUCGUUAAAAAUGGCACCCAAAAAGCCAGCAGAGAAGUCCGCAAAGUCGGGAGACAAAAAACCUGAGAAGAAGCCUGCCGCCGCUGCCCCAGCCAGUGGAGCUUCUGGAUCUGGUGCUGCCAAGCCAGCUGCCGCUAAACCAGCAGCAGCUAAGCCAGCCGCAGCUGCUCCCAAGAAGCCAGCAGCAGCUGAAAAGAAACCAGCUGCCGCAGCUGGUGCUGCCAAGAAGGCCCCAGCCAAGAAGCCAGCAGCCGCCGCAAAGAAACCAGCAGGAGCUGCCAAGAAGGCUGCCCCAACCAAGAAGGUCGGAGUCAAGGCUGCCGCCAAGCCCAAGUCCAAGGAUGCCAAGGGCAAGAAGGUUGCUGGCAAACCACAAUCGGUGGCUGCCAAGCUCGCUGCCAAGGCCAAGGCUAAGGCUCUCUUGAAGGCCAGAAAACCAACCAAACCAGGCCAAAAAUUGCAAAAGGGUACCGCCAAGGCUAAGGCUGUUGCUUUGUUGAAGGCCAAGAAGGCACAAACCAAGGUCAUCAAGGGUGCUUUUGGUACACGUACCAGGAAGGUCCGCACCAAUGUCCACUUCCGUAGACCAAAGACCUUGAAAUUGCCCCGCAAUCCUAAAUACCCAAGGAAGUCUGUCCCAACCAGGAAUCGCAUGGAUGCCUACAAUAUCAUCAAAUAUCCAUUGACCACUGAAGCAGCAAUGAAGAAGAUCGAAGACAACAACACUUUGGUCUUUUUGACCCAUUUGAGGGCCAACAAGAACCACAUUCGUGCUGCUGUUCGCAAACUUUACGACAUUAAGGUCGCUAAAGUGAACAUUCUCAUUAGGCCCGAUGGACAAAAGAAGGCUUACGUGCGAUUGGCUAGGGAUUACGACGCGUUGGAUAUUGCCAACAAGAUUGGAAUCAUAUAAACAGUUGAAUUUACUGUUAUUUUUUAUAUGUAGAUAUAGCGUGUGUUUGGGCUAGCAGCGAUGUGGUCCAAGUGUUCGUUUUAAAAACAAACUAAAAAUAAAAUCUUACAAAAAAAAUUAAAA